CGAUAGGCGGCUACAUGGAAUUUACCCUAAAAAUUACUAUUCAUGUGUUUUAACUUUUAAGUGUGUAUGUGAGUUUUCUCUCUCAUGUUCAUUCCAUGCCUUGGUCUCUCUUUGCUUUGUAUAAAAAAAAAAAUAAAAAAAAAAACUAUUGUCUGCUUGCAUUUGUCCACUCUGAACAUACCAAAUUACCAACACUUUGAGGUUUUCAAUUACCCUCGUCAAUUACUUGUGUUACUUGUUUGUUUUUCUCAAAAAAUAAUUAUAUAUUAUAUUUAUUUAUAUUUUAUGUGUAUUAAUUUCACUGUGUUGUGAAAAAUAAAUAUAUUUUUGUGAAGGUUACAUGCCGGUGUGUGUGAUUUUGAUAAAUUUUGAAGGGACGCUUUGAUAUACUACAAUUUACAUUGCAUUUUUACUCACGGCGUAGUGUUUUUAGUAUAGUUUCAUUAUAUUUUUGUUAAUUUUUGUUUGAUCCAUCAGACAAGAAAGAAAAAAAAAUAUAUAUUAAAUAAAAGCUGAAUAAAUAGUAAAGGCGUGAGAGAAAUAUUAUAAAUUAAUUUUUACUUUUUUUUUUUUCUUCUCUGAUAUUUUUAUAAUUGUUAUUAUGAAUACGGGUAACAUGGGUAAAUCAUCAAAAGACGCUCAGGGUGAUGAAAGAAGUGCACAAAUUAAGAGGUUAAAAUCAAUUAAUUCGAAUAUUAAAAAUGUUGAAACAAAUGUUAAACAAUCUGAUGUACCAAGACCAAAAGCAAUUGCUGUUCAAAAACAACAACAACAACAACAACAACAGCAAGCAAAACCAAAAGCAGUGGUUUUAACAAAAAUUGGUGACGGUGUUAAACUGAGUAAACUAAAAAUUCCAACGAAGGUAAAAUCAGCAGUUGUAACUGAGCUGCCAACAAAUCGUGUCAGCCAAACAUCAAAUAAAAGUGAAAAAAGAAAUUCUUUAUUAAUUGAUAAUACAAAAAAACCAACAAUGAAAGUACAAACAACUGAGACCACUGAUUUAAUAUGUCAGACUAAAAAAAAAGACAUUGGUAAAUCAAAAAUUAAAAAUGAUGAUAAUAAUCAAGUAUCAAUUGAACAAGAAAAAGAAACAAGCCAACAACAACAACAAGAAACAACAAAUGGUAAAACCAUUGAUACAAAACAAGAAGUACAAGUUAUAAAUGAAGUACAAAUAAUAAAUGAAAUACAAUUGGAAAAAGAGGAAAAAGAAGAAAAAAAAGAUACAACAAAUGGUAUUUCAGAUAAUAAAAAAAAUAAUGGAACAGUGCCAGAAAAUGUAGAUAAAAUAAAAACAGAUGAAAAGAUAAAUACUGAAGAAAUAAAUAAAAAAAAUAAUACAUCAAAAGAUGAUGUUAAUGAUGAUGAUAUAAUAUCAUUAAUUGAUAUACCAGAAGAUAAUGUUGUUACUGAAACAACAAAAUCAGAUGAAAUUGUUGGAUCAACAACAUCAGAAUCAUCACCAAAAAAAUCUGAUAAUAAUAAUAAAGAUCAAAAUAAUGAAAUAAUAAUACCUGAAUCAAAAAUAAAUCAAGAUGAACCAAUGACUAAUGAUGAUGAUCCAUCAUUUAUAUCAUAUGAUUCAGCAAUAAUGUUAAAAGAUGUUAAAAUUAAAUUAAAUGAUUGUUUAAAAGAUAAUAAUAAGCUAAUGGAUUCAGUUGAUGAAAAUACAAGUAUAUCUGAAUCAUUUAAAGAUUUAUCAUUUGGUAGAACAUUACGUACAAUAUCUGGUAGAAGUUCACUUGGUCGUAUGAAACAUGUUACAAUUCGUCAACGUCAAAUGACACCAAAUGAUUCAUUAUUUGUUAAUUGUUCUGGUAUGUCAACAAAUCAAGAUGACCAAAUGAGAUUUGCAUUUGAAUAUUCUGAUUCAAUUAAAAGUGGUACACCAAUUGAUCGUAAACGUAAAAUUGAUACUGAUAUUGAACCAUCAGCUAAAAAAGUUAAAAAAGAUGAAGGUGGUAUAUUUAAUACAUCAUUGGAAUAUUUAAAAAAAUUAAGAAGGCCAUUACAAGUAUCAACACCAAAUAAUCAAGAAUAUAAAUGUAAUAUUAAUGAUAAAAUGGAUAUUACUGAAGAUGCAUCUAAAAUUGACAUUGAUGAAACAGCUGAAUCCAAAAGAUGGUGUAUUCUUAUGUAAAAAAAUUAUUGUAAUCUUAAUUUUUUUUUCAUUGCACGAUUUAUUAUUAAUUAUAUUCAUUCAAAAAAAAAUUGUUUAAGCAAUAAUUUAAAGUUCAAGUUAAAAAAAAAUAAUAAUAGAAAUACAGGCUUAUUUUUUCAAUUAAAAAAAAAAAACAUGACGAUUAUGAUAUAACAAUAUUUUGUAGAGUUAAGCAAGUAACUCUCUUUCAAUUAAUUAUUCUUAAAUAUUUUUUGCUUCAAUUGUCAAAUUAAAAUAAACAAUACAUACAUGUUAUUAUUACUAUUGAUGAUUUUUUUUUUUUUUAUAAUAAUAUACAUCCGAUUAUUUUUUUUUUUCUUAGUAUUAAUUUGUCUAGUUUUAUUAUUUCAAAAAAAGAUAAAAAGUAAAUGUAAAUAUCAAAGUUUUUUAAAAAUUUAUAUGGGUAUUAAAUAACGCUAAAGAUUUUAUCAAAUUUAAACUUCAAUUUUAACAUUUGCUAAAUCAAUUUCAUUGGGCAAUAGUAUAUUUUCUAUUUUUUAUACAAUAACAAAAAUAAUAAUAACGUCUUCCAAGAUGAAGAUUUUGGAUAGACUUUUAUUUUUGCCAUUGAUGGUCAAUGGUUAAAGAAGGAAAAAAAAAAUAUUUUUCUUUCUUUUUGAUAUCAAAUCAUAUAUAAAAUAUAAAAAAAAAAAAAAAAAAAAAAACAAUUUAGAAAAUAGAUUAUAUAUAUAUAUAAAUUUUUUAUUAGGUAAGAAAAAAAUUAUAAUAUUUUUUUUUUUUUUUUCUUGAUAAAAUAAUAAAAGUAGUGAUUAUAUUACAGUAAUUUUGUAGUUUUUAUUUGUGGUUUUAAGGAUAAAAUUUAUGGUAAAUUAUUCUAUCAGAGAUAACUAGAUUUUAUUAUUGUAUUUUUAAUUUUUAUUCAUCAUUUAACACUUGAGAGGUAAAAAAAAAAAUUAUUGCUGCAUUGAAAAUAAACAUUAAGCGUAAGUAAAAUUUUUAGUUUGUUUUUUUUUUUUUUUCAGAGGCAUAGGUAUAAAAAAAAAAAAAGAAAUUUGAUAAACUAUUUUCUUAAAUUGUAUUUAAGGGUAAAUAGACGUAUGUAAAAGACGAGUUAAAAAUAAAGUGACGGAUUUUCAGCAUGUCUAUUUUACUCUUGAACAGAAUUUUAAAUGUUAAAAGUAAAAAAAAAAAAAAAAAAAAACAUUUAAAAUA